AUGUCUACGCCUGCCAGACGACGUCUGAUGAGGGAUUUUAAGCGCCUUCAAGAGGAUCCGCCUACUGGUAUUAGUGGGGCUCCUACUGAAAAUAACAUUAUGCUUUGGCAUGCUGUCAUUUUUGGGCCACACGACACUCCUUUCGAAGAUGGAACAUUCAAGCUGACAUUGGAAUUUACCGAAGAGUACCCAAACAAGCCGCCCAUAGUGAGAUUUCUUUCGAAAUUGUUUCAUCCCAAUGUUUAUGCGGAUGGAGGCAUCUGUUUGGACAUCUUGCAGAAUAAGUGGAGCCCGACAUAUGAUGUUUCUGCUAUUCUGACAUCAAUCCAAUCACUAUUAAGUGAUCCCAAUCCGAACUCUCCAGCAAAUUCAAUGGCAGCUCAGCUUUUCAAGGAAAAUCGACGAGAAUACGAAAAGCGUGUGAAGUCAUGUGUGGAGCAAAGCUUUUUGGACACGUAA